CCCGCCGGGGUGACGUCAGCAAGGGGCAUGGCCUUGCUUGAGGCACAGGGGAAGCGGAUCUGUGGGGGGCGUGGUCGCUGGCUGGGGGGGGCGUGGCCCCGCGAGGGGCGGGGACCAGGGCUGUGCGCCGCCCUGGCCCGUUGGCUGCUGCUGCUGCUGCUGGCUGGCGGGGGGAGGCAGCGGCGGAAGAUGGCGGCGGCCGUGUCGGCGCUGCUCUCGGCCUGGUUCUGGAACGAGCGCUUCUGGCUGCCGCACAACGUGACCUGGGCGGACUUGGCCAGGGAGCCCGGCCCGGAGUGGGGCAGCGACGCCCAGUACCCCCGGGCCUGGCACGUCCUUUUCGCCUUCCCGCUGGCGCUGGGCAUCUUCGCCGUCAGGCUGCUGUUCGAGCGGUUUAUUGCCAAACCAUGUGCCAUAAAACUUGGCAUUCAGGACGGUGGACCUCACAGAGCUCAGCCCAAUGCAAUUCUAGAGAAAGUGUUUACAUCCAUCACUAAGUGUCCAGAUGGAAGAAGAUUAGAAGGUUUGUCAAAGCAGCUAGACUGGGAUGUUCGAAAGAUCCAGCACUGGUUUCGCCAUCGUAGGAACCAGGACAAACCCAGCGUCCUCACUAAGUUUUGUGAGAGCAUGUGGAAGUUUACAUUUUAUUUAAGUAUAUUUUCUUAUGGAUUCAAAUUUAUGUGGUCGACACCCUGGUUUUGGGACACGCGACAAUGCUGGUACAACUACCCUUUUCAACCUCUAACAUCCGGUCUUUACUAUUACUAUAUCCUGCAGCUGGCCUUCUAUUGGUCUCUUAUGUUUUCUCAGUUUACAGACAUUAAACGAAAGGAUUUCCUGAUGAUGUUUGUCCACCACUGGUUUGCAGUUGGACUCAUCACAUUCUCCUAUGUGAAUAACAUGGUGCGGGUGGGAACUCUGGUGCUAUUCCUACAUGAUGCCGCAGACUUCCUCUUAGAGGCUGCAAAGAUGGCCAAUUAUGCUAAGUACCAGCGCCUAUGUGACGCCAUCUUCAUGUUCUUUGGUGUUGUGUUCAUAGUCACUCGACUGGUUAUUUACCCUUACUGGAUCUUGAAUACUACUCUGUUUGAGAGCUGGGAACUGAUUGGACCUUAUCCUUCAUGGUGGCUGUUCAAUGGACUUUUGGUGACCCUGCAGGUUAUGCAUGUCAUCUGGUCCUGUCUCAUCAUUCGCGUUGCCUACAAGGCCUUGAUGCGAGGAAAGGUAUCAAAAGAUGAUCGCAGUGAUGUAGAGAGCAGCUCUGAAGAGGAAGACAUGACUUCAAAUAGCACAAAAGGAAUCUUCAGCACUUCAAGCAAUGGUGCCAAUCGGCUUAAUGGUCAUGUGGCUAGUGCUCAGUGGCCAGGAGAGGCCUGAGGCAAACAUGGACUCUCUAGAUAUCUAGAUGUGUUGCACUCAACAUUCCUAAGUGAUCUUUAAUCUAGAUACCCCUUCCUUCAAAAAAAGUCCAUCAAAUCUGAACUAAGCAUAGUCCAGACCUGUUGAAGGUUUCAUGCCACAGAAGGGACCGAGCCAAUUACUAGUGCAAAAACAAAGAUGCAAAAUUCCACUUUAUUAAAUACAAAAUGGCUUAUUUUCUUAGUCUCCUAGUCCAUCUCUAAUAUUUGCAGAAGUAUUUGUGUGUAUGUGCUACAAACUGUUUUUUAUUAGGAUCAGCUCAAGCUUGAUGGAAUGAGUUUGGGCUGGGACGGACACUGACUGUGGACUGUGUACCUUUCUAAAAAUGUUUCGUGACUUGGAGCAGGUCCAGUAUGCCUUCUUGAUGCACUCCAGGAUACAUUUAGAUUGUGUGAUCUAGUAUCAUUCUAAUAGAUCAUGCUGUAAGCUGCCCAGGCUGCAGCACAGAGAUUUUUAAAUCAAUUUUAAUGUAUCAGUCCUGCUGUGACUGUGUUACAGCCAUGAAUUGAAUCAGAUUCUGAUGGACAAAGCAUGUUUUAACUUGUCAUUGGGAUGCUCUGUGUGAAGGAGAUUAUAUAUAGUUUAUAAUCUGUGCUGUCAAGAUGGCCCGAGUAGUAUUUACUGCCUAUUGUGGUGCUGAAAUGCCCAUCCGAAGUCUUAAAUAAACCUAAAAGAAGUUGCACUCCAGAUCCUUAUUUAGAAAACUAUCACAGCACAGCCAUACUUGCAACGCAUGUGAAUUUAAAGACUUUUACAGGAUAUGGUUAAGAUUUAUAAGGCAGGACAUUAGCCAAAAAUGGACAAUGCUGGUAGGUUAUAUUAACUUUCCACAGGGACAGAAGUUGCAGCCCUGUCUGUGUUUAAGACAGAAGUGAGCAUCGCUAUCCUGAUAUCAAGGUAGUGGAAAGGCAGCCACAGCAAAGGCUUCACUUCUUCCUUUACUCAAUGGUACUUCAGGGGCAAUGGAAGACACCUGAGUGUGUCAUAAUCAUGUGCAGGACUUCAGAAAUGUCUUAUUUUAUACAAUUGUUUACUCUUCUCUGAUUUUAAAAAAAAAAAGCUUCAGAAACUU